AUGAGUGAUUUAUUAGCUUGCCGUGUGUGCCUUGCAUCUGAAGACGUGAAGCUUUACAGUCUCAAUAAGUACAAUUUGUUGCAAUCCUACGAGAUACUAACCGGAGUACAGCUAUGUCCCGAAGAUGGUCUGCCUCAACACAUCUGUAGUUUCUGCAGUUCCUUGUUGAAUAAAGCCGUAUCUUUUAAGGAAAAGUGUCUCAAUUCUCAGGAAAUAUUGAAAUUUAGCGGACAGAAGCAAAGACUGACUUUAGAUUUUAUAAAAGAAAUCCACCUAGCACACCGUAACCCGUACAGCUUAGACGAAGAACAUAGAAGAUACAACAUAGAUUACACUACCAUCAAGAAGGAGACUAUUAUCAAAGAAGAAUUACAAGAAAAGAAGAAAAAAAGGAGAAAAAAAGAGAAUAUAGAAAUUAAACUAGAAGAUGAAGCCCAGAAUGAUGAUUAUUGUAACUACGAAAGCGAUCAAGAUAUACCGGUCCUGGAAUUGGAUAUACGUGGACUAGAUCUGCCUGAUGGGCAGGAGAUAGCAGAAAAUGGCCAGGAGAUGGCAGAAAAUAGCCAGGAGAUAGCAGAUAAGGAUCUGAAGGAUGUCGAGAUAGUGCUGCUGAGUAAAGCUGAGCAGAUACAAGAGAUUGAGAAAAGGAAGACUUCUUCGAACUACAUCAACUCGUACUACAAGUGUGAGAAAUGCUUCAAGGGAUUUAUAACUGAGCCUACGUAUAGGAACCACAUGGUGUGCCAUGAUCCUGAGCGCGGGCCACACACGUGCGACGUGUGCAGCUCCCACUGGCCGUGUGCGCGCGCCCUUAGGGCACACUCACUCAACACACACGAGAGGAAGUACAUGUGCAGGGUGUGCGACCACGUGUCGAGGUCCAGUCACCGAGCCAAAGAGCACAGCAAGUGGCACAGCGGCUUCUCCUUCAUCUGUAAGACGUGCGGGGCGUCCUUCGCUAAAUCCACAAGUUAUCUAACGCACAUGCGUCUCCAACAUCCGUCGAGCAACUCUUGCGAGAUCUGCGGGGAGUCUUUCGUUGGAGAGUUCGGUUUGAGGAUGCACAAGAAGAAGACACAUUAUCCGGGUGUGAGUCAGUGCGACCGAUGUAACCACAAGUUCGAUUCCCGGGACGCGCUGCUGAGACACCUUCAACUAUCCAGCGAAAAUUGUGACGCGAGCGACUCACAACGUUCCUACACCAUCCACUACCAAAGAGUUCACCUCGGACUUAAAAUGAAGCAGAACAAGCCGCGCUGCUAUAAGAAACCGGCUGACAGUCACGUCUGUGAGAUGUGCGGCAAGAAGUGUAUUACCAAGGCGACCCUGAUGUACCACCAACGCAUCCACACCGGAGAGCGGCCCUUCCAAUGUACCGACUGUCCCAAGAAGUUCAGUGUGUACCAGAGACUGCAGAUCCACCAACGUAUCCACACGGGGGAGAGUCCAUAUCAAUGUAAGAGUUGCCCGAAGGCAUUCAAACACAAGGCGGCCCUCAACAGACACGAUCGGGUCCAUACGGGGGCAAAGCCCUACGGCUGUCCUCACUGCGGCAAGUCCUUUUCUCAGUCCAACUCUAUGAAGCUUCAUGUUAGCACCGUGCACCUACGACUACCAGCGCCCUACAGGAACAGAACUAAUAAAAUAUAA